UGUGGGUAUGUGUUUGUGUGUGUAUAUCUGUGUAUAUGUGUUUGUGUUGUGUGUGUAUGUAUGUGUUUGUGUGUAUGCAUGUGUUUGUGAGUAUGUGUGUAUUUGUGGUGUGUGUGUGUGUAUGCAUGUGUUUGUGUGUGUUUAUGCAUGUGUUUGUGGGUAUGUGUGUGUUUGUAUUUGUGGUGUGUGUGUGUGUUUGUGUAUGCAUGUGUUUGUGGGUAUGUGUGUGUGUAUAUGUGCUUGUGCUGUGUGUGUAUGUAUGUGUUUGUGUGUAUGCAUGUGUUUGUGGGUAUAUGUGUAUUUGUGGUGUGUAUGUGUGUUUGUGUAUGCAUGUGUUUGUGGGUGUGGGUGUGUGUUUAUGCAUGUGUUUGUGGGUAUGUGUGUGUUUGUAUUUGUGGGGUGUGUGUGUGUUUGCAUGUGUUUGUGGGUAUGUGUGUAUUUGUGGUGUGCAUGCAUGUGUUUAUGGGUAUGUGUGUAUUUGUGGUGUGUAUGUGUGUGUGUUUAUGCAUGUUUGUGGGUAUGUGUGUGUUUGUAUUUGUGGUGUGUGUGUGUUUGUGUAUGCAUGUGUUUGUGGGUAUGUGUGUGUUUGUGUAUGCAUGUGUUUGUGGGUAUGUGUGUAUGUGUUUGUGUGUGUGUGUGUGGCUGCAGGGGAGCAGCCUGACAGUUCCUCUGUGCUGAAAUCCACCUGUCACUGCUGCCCGUGGUCUUGGGUUAGGUUGGCCGCCUUUUCCGGGCUUUGUGACCCGUACCCUCCCUCCCUGGCUCUGUCCUCAGAGCCAGCAGGUGCAGCUUUCCUCCCUCUGCAUCUCCUCGUUCUGCUCUGUGCCUCCAUUUCCCCUUCCUGCUUGGAGGGACUCGAGAUUAAGUGGCAUCUCUCAAGCUCAGACAUGGCCGUGGCCCGUGGCCACAUCUGUGAAGUCUCUGCUGCAUCCCAUGAGGGAUUCCUAGGGUAAGUGAGUGAGGAUGCGGCUGCCUGUCACUGUCUUUCUUGUCCCCAGGGAGCCUUGUCCAUCACACACACAGGACAAACUCAUCCUCCUGGCAUCCCAGUCUUACCCCUUCACAGUAUCAGCUCAAAUCCCAAACCUGAGCCCAGAUCUCGCCGUCUGCAUUGGCUGUGCGACACGAUUCACCUGCUGAGCACCAGGAAGAAACGCUGGAAGUCGUAGAGUCAGAGCCAGCGAGUGACCAGCAACCUGAUGGGAAAACUCAUUCCCUUUGCAUUCAAGGCAUUCAGGAAGCCUGGCCUUUGUUGUGUGACCCAUUAUUUUAAGGCAUAAUUACGGCAUUCUCUUACUCCUGUGGCACCCUUAAAUGUGUACUAAGUAGCACCUUUAACACACAAAGGAGGUAAUAUCCUAUGCAUAAUGGUUGUGCCAAAAUGUAAGUCUGAGGAUUCCCGUGCCUGAGACAGCCCAGACGGCCCCUCCCCGCCAGCAGCCAUGCUCUGCCCACCUGUGCUGAGUCCCACACAGGGCAGCCCCUUCCCCAGGUCUCAGCAGCCCACGUGGUGAAGCAGUGGCUGUGGCAGGGGCCCAGUGGGUCAUGCUGGGCUCCCGUGGAGGGGUGGGAGGGCAAAGGGGGGAUGGCCUGAGAGUGGGGAGGGAGGGGAGUGAGCCCCCACAUGCGAGAAGUGUGUGAUUGGGCACAGCUGCCCUGUAGUACUGACUCCCACAUUGUAAAUGCCUUCAGUGGGAUGCAGGCCCCACUGGGGAGAGACAGCAUCUCACUAGACGCUGUGUCCCGAGCUGUAGCCACUGCUACAGCUGACACGCAGCAGUGGAUCACUGGCUGUGGAGCGAGUGGCAAAGACCCCAGCCUCCUGCCCAGACGGCUGUGAGUUCAGGGGCCCCUGGAGUGGUCCUUGUGUGUGCCACCAGUUCAAACGUGCCAUUAUUUUUACCAAGCAUGGCAGUUUAUAAUGAAACAAAUAGACCAGAAAAAUAAAUGACAGUUCUAAGGAUCUUUUUUUAAAAAGAUUUCUUUUAAAGGCGGGGCGUGGGGGGAGAGACAGAGACACAGCAAAGAGAUCUUUCAUCCACCGCUUCACUUCCCAGAUGGCAGCAGCAGCAGCAGGGGCUGGACCAGGCGUAAGGCAGAAGGUAGGAGCCUGAGCUCCAUCCUGGCCUCCCAUGUGGAUGGCAAGGGACCACGUUCUUGAGCCGUCCUCUGCUGCUUUCCAUUAGCAGGGAGCUGGAUCGGAAGUGGGCACCCGGAACUCAAAUCUGUAUCCACGUGGGAUUCCCGUGUCGCUGGUGGUGGCUUGUCCUGCUGCACCACAACACGGGCCCUGGGUUAUUUUCUUUAGUCAUGGAUUUCUGUAAGGCCUGAGCCGGAGACCCAUCUUUCAGUGUGGGUUCAUUUAUCACACAGUUAGGCAAGCUAGCUAGUGAUGGAGGCAUUUACACACGUCUCACAGGAGCGGACCGCAUUCAUUAUCCUAGUCAGCAGUGGUGCUUGGCUUCUGGGGAAUCAUGGCCACCUUGAAAAAUCUCUGACUACUGCAGAACUCUCCAGAAGGGAACACACAGCAAGUUACCAAUUUCAGAAAGGAGUCACGACCCUCCUAAGGCCUUUAGGGCUCUGGGUAAAGAGUUGGCCAUACUGGGGCCAGCACUGUGGCAUAGCAGGUAAAACUACUGCCUGCAAUGCUGUCAUCCCAUAUGGGCGCCAGUUCAAGUCUCAGCUGCUCCUCUUCUGAUCCAGCUCUCUGCUGUGGCCUGGGAAAGCAGUGGAAGAUGACCCAAGUGCUUGGGCCCCUGCACCCGCGUGGGAGACCCAGAGGAGGUUCCUGGCUCCUGGCUUGGGAUUGGUGUAGCUCUGGCCAUUGUGGCCAUCUGGGAAGUGAACCAGCAGAUGGAAGUCUCUCUCUGCCUCUGCCUUCAAACAAAUAAAUAAAUACUUAAAAAAAAAAAAAAGAGUUGGGCAUACCUGAGCCAAGGCUUGCAGGGAAGAGGGCCAUAUGACUUCAUUUUCUGGUUAAAAGGGUGUUCGCAUGCGGGGCCUCUGGUUAACAUUUCAGAUUGCAACAGGGUCUCUGGGACGCCUCAGAGGCCGGAGCUGUCCUGUCCGGGGCACGCCCACACAUUUCACAAGAUCUGUACUCUCUGUUCCUGCAGGCACUUCAGACUCACAACUGUGUUUACCCGGUGUUUUCCUGCGAAGGGAAUGUAUGUGAGACAGUGAAAUAAGCCAGACACAGAAGGACAGAUACUGCACGGUUGCCACUUCUGCAGAGAACCCAGAAGAGGCCGAUCCCUAGAGACAGAGAGACCUGUGCCCCAUUCCCUGGGAGCACUUGGAGAGUAGCAGACGGCUGCAUUCCCGGCCUCGGGGCCUCCAGCCUCGGCACUGAGCUGGAUCUUUCAAGGCAACGUGCAAAUAUAAGUGCGAAUCAGUGACUGCCAAGGCCAGCUGAGCCUACAGCGGAAUUCCUUCGUCUCAGCAUCGCCCGUGCUUCCUGAGUUCUUGUGCAAUCCUGAGAGCGGGCAGGAAAUCCACCUCCAAUAAAAAUUCAAACUGAAUUUCUGCUUCCGGUCAGCCUGGUGAGAUGUUGGUUAGGAGCUGAAGUUAAUUGGACUUGCAGACCGUGAUGUAGAGCUGCUGCAGGCUGGGUUCGGACCCAUGGACCAGCUCCACUGAGAACAGCUGAGAACCAGGGCUUCCGACUCGAGAGAUGUGCGGAUCACGAGCAAACGAGCGUAGACAAAGUCGAAACAGAGACCCAGGCAGCUGAGAGACACGGCUUCGCCUCGUUCUGAACAUGCGCACACACGCAGGAGAGCGGGCUGCAGAAAUCGCCAACCUGUUUCCUGGCAGGCGACAGGCACUGAGCGGAGAUUCAAAAUGCCUGUCAUUAGCAACAGGCAACGAAUGCUGGUACAAUAGUUAGGUGCUUCCUUGGACCUGUGCUAAACAGACGCCUGCAAUUCCUACCAUGUGGCAGAUGAGUAAGGGUUAUAGGAUGUCCUGCUCUUUUUCAAAACUGGCAUGACAAUUAAAAAAAUAUUUGGGAAAAAUGUGAAUUAGAAGUUGCAAGCGCUUUCUUUUCUUUUCUUUUUUUUUUUACUUUUAGAAAAAACUGUGUCUUUGUUCUUGGAAACCUUUUUCAGAAUGUUUUUUAAUAGCAGAAACACAACCAGGGAAGCCAGGGGCCCCUCGUCCCUUCACUUCUGGGAAAACUUACGCAGAUGCUGGGACCCAGCAGCCAAGGGCAGCCCUUGACUUGGACGUGCUUCUCGGCUCCCGUGUUGUCGUCCGGAAUGAAUGGGGCUUUUCUCUUGACGGGCUGUGUGUGCGGGCAGGGGCCACAGGAGACCUGCAGGAGAGACACAGGUGGCCUCGCGGUGACCUCGCUUGGCAGAGGGUCUGGCCGGGCGCCUUCCUCUCCUGCUGUUGUCCAAGCUCCAGUCAGCCUGACCUCAGGGCCCUAUGGACGUUGGGCUGUUUUCUU